AUGUCUGAAGAAGAAACCCUGCUCACAAAUCUCUGCUCAAUCUGCCACGUCCAGCCCCCUAAAUACCGGUGUCCCCGAUGCUCAACACGCACAUGCUCCCUCCCCUGCACACGCCGACACAAAUUAUGGUCCCAGUGCUCCGGCGUCCGCGAUCCAGGCGCGUACCUGCGCCGCAAUGAACUAGCCACCGAAUCCGCAUUCGAUCGCGACUUUAAUUUCAUCACGGGGAUUGAGCGCCGUAUUGAACGGGCGGGCCGUGAGGCGGAGAAUCGGGGGGUUGGUGUCGAUGGGAGGAAUGGGGUUCACGAUCGGGGUGUUGUGGGGUUGGAGGGUGAAGGUGAGCCUGCGCAUGGGCUUGGAGAUGCGAGGGGGAAGAGGAAGAGGGGUCCUGCCCCUGGAACUGGACCUGACAGGGGACUGGCUAAGGGGGAAGCUGGGUUUCUCAGGAGGGCGGAGGAGGCUGGUGUUAAGGUCAUCAAAGCGCCGAAGGGAAUGAGUCGGGCGAGGAUGAACGGGUCGAAAUGGCAUGCUAAGCAAAAGUGUUUACAAUGGACGGUAGAAUUCGUCACGGACGGCGAGUCGAAAAGGGUGAAUUGCAUCGAGACCGUUACAAUCGCCGAGGCCUACGAUCGGGCAUUUCCUUUACCCAAGGAGGAACGACAGGUGCGCAAUCAAGAAGCCGCCCAAGAAGCCGUGCAGGAUGAGAAGGCAGAACCUACGCAAUCCGAACCGAGUGCCUCAGAUACCAUCCCAGAGCCAGCGACGGCGACGACAGAACCUGCCGACAACGAACCUACAACCACCCAACAAAACACAACACCACAAGCAACCGAGACUCAACCAACUCCCCACCGCAACGUAUACCUCUACCUCCACCACCCACGCACCGCAACAAAGCAACCAGUCCUCAUCCCCCUGGUCCCAAGUUCAACCCUCACAACUGCGCUCCAUGACCGCGUCGUCCUUGAAUUCCCUACAGUCUACAUCCUACAAGCUCCGCUGACGGAUGAGCGCGAGCAGACGGAAGAAGGGUCUAAAUACAUUCUUGAAAAGGAUUAUCUACGGACGCACCAGAAUACGAGUACCGAGCUUGAGGACGGCACAUCGGAGGAUACAGACGCCCAGCCUGUCUUUGGGACAGGAGCUGUGGAUAUCCCAGACGUGGACGAGGGCAAGAUGUUGGAGGUUUUGGAGAAGGAUUUAUUAAGCAGAGGCACCGCGCCGGCAGCGGGGGCGUCGUGA